AUCCCAUCCAAUCCUCUAUAUCAAUCAACUGCGUUUGUAACCUGUUUGGUAAAAGUGAAAUUUACUUGCAUUGGUGUUGCAAAAUUAACCGCCAAAUUCCAAACCACCCUACACGCAUCACCCACAUAUCCGAGUGUAAGAAACCAAACGACAACUACCACAAUGUCGUCGGACAGCAAUGCCAUCAUCUCCCUACUCUCGCAACUCGUCCUCUCCUGGGACGGCGCCGUUUUGGGCGUCGCCCUCGCUUGCGCCGCCAUGCGCUCCGUCCUCAACUUCACCGCCUCCUCCUCAGCUCUAAGAAAUCUCCGUCAGGCGCCAGCCGUCAAAGUCUCCGAUCUCCGCUCAAUCCUCCCCCUUGAUCACUCGGACAAGCUCGUCGUUGUACGCGGCACCGUCGAAGCGAAGUCCCUCGUCGACGGCACGUGGACGGCCUUCAAGUCCGGCGUACUCGUCUCCAAAGAUAGAAAUGACAGAGCCGUCAUCCUUCAGAGUACUAAGACGUAUAUAAUUCACAAGUGGAAGGGUUUUAUUGGAUUCUUUAAUUUGAGAUCGAUAGUAUGGAGGUAUUGGAGACACUGGAAAGACUCGGAAGAACACGAAUCGAAUUUGGUUAGAAAGGUUCCUUUCGUUCUUGUUGAUGGUGAUCAAUGGCCGAUUCGGGAUAUGGUGGUUGUGAAUGUGGAUGGAUCAAGCCAUCCCAUACCUCUUACGAUAGCUUAUCAUCAUUUACAACCUGUAAAUCCUUCACCAUUUUCAUUCUUGAAGGCACUUUUCGGCACUAACUACCCUAUUGGUGUCCUCACUGUUGACAAGAUUCUUCCGGUGGGAAAGGAGAUUAGUGCUGUGGGUCUUUGCAGUUUGAAAAAUGGAGUCUCGGAAAUCAAGUUCUGCAACGAUCUUCCCUAUUUUCUCUCUGAGAUGUCUAAGGAUGAGAUGGUUGGAGAUCUUGCAUCAAGCACAAGAAUGCUGUUCUGGACCGCAUUUGUUCUUGGUUCAAUGUCAAUUGGAGUCCUUAGCUAUGCAGUUGUGAGGAAUUGGAAUAAAUGGAAAGUGUGGAGGCAACAAAGGCAGUUACAGCAAUCAAGCCAGGCUGCUGACAGCGACGCUGAAGCUCAAAUUGAAGAAGAGGAUGUUCCAGAGGGACAGUUGUGUGUCAUAUGUCUAAUGAGGAGAAGACGAUCAGCAUUCAUUCCUUGUGGGCAUCGAGUCUGUUGCCACCCCUGUAGCAUAUCAAUCGAACGGGACAUAGCACCAAAGUGUCCUGUUUGUCGGCAGGAGAUCCGCACUUCACUGCGUGUAUAUGAUUCUUAACAUGGUAUCCUAGUAUUAGGAGAAACGAUGUGUGGGAAUUUUGCUUCUGGGGUUAAGUGGUAAGAGUUGGAAGGAUUAUAGUUUAGGUAUGUUUUGGUGUAUGUAAAAGUUGAAGUAGAUUCAUCUUGUACGUAAUUGUGAAGCUUUGUGCUACACGAAUGUUUUAAUUGGUACUGACUACUCUGAGUAAGAAGCUUUAACCAUUGGAAGUGUAUUAGAUAGAUGACCCUCUAAGGGGUGUAAGUUUUUACCAAAUUACCGUAUCAACCAAAUUACGACUUAGAAUCGUA